UUUAGGACUUGUUCCAGUGGCGCUGCUGGUGGUGACAAAACAGGGAUUUGACCCAAGAUUCUUUGAAGCCAAAACCCCUAUUCUUCCUACUCUGCUAAGCGGUUUCCCACAUUUUUCUAUGGAAGGAAGAAAUGAACACACCUGAGUAUGCUAGAUGCCUGUGAACUCUCCCAUCCCCCGGAGACUUUGGAAAGACUGGAAGGAAGAAGGUGGCGGAGUGGUGCACUCUGAGAACAAGCUCCGCCCCCUCGGCCUUGGCCUUCCUGCCCACAGUCCACCAUGGAGACGCUCUCCCAAGAGUCUUUGCUGGAAUGUCAGAUCUGCUUCAAUUACUACAGCCCCCGGCGAAGGCCCAAGUUGCUGGAUUGCAAACACACGUGCUGCUCAGUGUGCCUUCAGCAGAUGAGGACGAGCCAGAAGGACGUGAGGUGCCCCUGGUGCCGGGGCAUCACCAAGCUGCCCCCGGGCUUCUCCGUGUCCCAGCUCCCGGAUGACCCCGAGGUCCUUGCCGUCAUCGCCAUCCCGCACGCCUCCGAGCACACCCCAGUCUUCAUCAAACUUCCGAGCAAUGGGUGCUACAUGCUGCCCCUGCCCAUCUCCAAGGAGCGAGCGCUGCUGCCCGGAGACAUGGGCUGCCGUCUGCUGCCCGGGAGCCAGCAGAAGUCCGUCACCGUGGUGACCAUCCCGGCAGAGCAGCAGCCUCUGCAGGGCGGGGCUCCGCCCGAGGCGGUGGAGGAGGAGCCAGACAGGCGGGGCGUGGUGAAAAGCUCCACCUGGUCCGGGGUGUGCACUGUGAUCUUGGUGGCCUGCGUCCUGGUCUUCCUUCUCGGCAUCGUGCUCCACAACAUGUCCUGCAUUUCUAAGCGCUUCACUGUGAUAUCCUGUGGCUGAAGAGGGCCGCAGGAAAGUCUCUUGUGGGUGCCAGCUAGCGGUUGAGCAGGUGUUGGUGAUGGAUCGAGGUGAGGAGAUGGGGGGCCACGCUGAUCAUUGGGUGCCGAGUGCUGGCCUCUGGGCUGCCACUUGAUUAACCCAAGACAGACACGAAGGGCAGAAUGUGAGGUGUCAGCAAGAUACCAGGCAGAGCGCUCUGAUUAUUGGUGGCAACAGCUUCCAAGACGAUGGCAUGCAUCCUCAUAAUCAUGUAUUAAACGGACUGUAAUUUAUGAUUUCUCAAAAUCAUGUUGCCAGAUAGACCUAUUCUACUUAGUUGUUAAACUGUGGAAGUGCAUACAAUGUGAUCUUCUCUAAACGUGGUAGAUUAAAACAAAGAUGCUAUGUAUACAAGUAGAAUUAAAGCUGAGAAUCCAUGUAAAAAUUCAGUGAUGACAUGCAGUGCUGGUUUCUUUCCUUUUUAAAAAAAUGAAACCCAGUCUUCAUUCAGUUGCUAAGGCCUUUUAUACUUUUGAACGGCACCCAAAUUAAAAUAAGUUAAGUGGACAAUUGUUUUUUCAGGAAGAUAUUUGAACAAGUGUUUCCAGUGUGUGUGUGUUUUGUCACGUACCUCCAUUUUUCUUCCCUUGUAAUUAGAGCUCGCUAUGUGUUUAUUAAACUGAAAGCCCAACAGGGGAGCAAUAAACUGAGUAAUAAUGAGAAAUGCCUAAUCCCACAGGAAACCUACAUGCCAA